GCAUUCACAAGGACAGGUCAUUCGCCAGACUCUGUUACAUCUGUCCCAGUCGUCGCCCAGACCUGCGCGCUUCAGACAUUUCUGGAUAGCAGACGCGAGACGCGUAAUCUAAUCUUACGUCAUCACCCUCUUCAGGCAAAGGCUCUAGCUCCAUGGCCAACGUCUUUUUCGAUGUUGCUGCUGACUCAAAGCCUAUGGGUCGCAUUGUCUUCAAGCUGUAUGACGAUGUCGUCCCGAGGACCGCGAAGAACUUCCGUGAGCUCGCGACAGGCCAGCACGGAUUCGGCUACGAAGGAAGUGGCUUCCAUCGUAUCAUACCCAACUUCAUGAUCCAAGGCGGAGACUUCACCCAUCACAACGGCACUGGUGGCAAGUCUAUCUACGGAGAGAAAUUCAAAGAUGAGAACUUUGUUCUCCGUCAUACCAAACCCGGUCUGCUUUCCAUGGCAAACGCUGGACGCAAUACCAACGGCUCUCAGUUCUUUAUCACUACGGUUGUCACUUCAUGGCUCGACGGCAAGCACGUCGUCUUCGGUGAAGUCGUCGACGGUUUGGACAUCGUCAAGGCCAUCGAAGCUCAAGGCUCCGAAUCCGGACGGCCAAAGCAGCGCAUCGUUAUCACAUCUUCCGGCCUCGUCGAAUAGACUGCCCACCUUUUAUUCGCAUUUUGUCAAUUGCUUUCGUUAUCGCACACACUAAACAUGCGCUAUAUCAUCUUCCGCUAGUCCCGCAAUGCACCUGUGAUACUCGC